AUGAACGACGCUUUAGUCGUACGCAGCGCGCGUGUUGCGAUCUGCAUUGCUAUCUCGACCAUUGCCUGGGGUGUUUCUCACUCCAUGGCUCAGGGUGCCGAGCCGGCCGCAUCGACAAUCAAUUUCAAUCGCGAUGUGCGGUCGAUUCUUUCCGACAAGUGCUAUGCCUGCCACGGCCCCGAUGCCGAGCAUCGGGAAGCCGGGCUGCGGUUCGACACCGAAGAGGGCGCCCUGGCCGAAGUCGAUUCGGGUGCUCGCGCGAUUGUGCCGGGCAAGCCGGAAGAGAGUGAACUCAUCGCUCGCAUCAUGUCCGACGAUGAGUACAUGCAAAUGCCACCGGUGGAUAGUGAGAAGCAACUCACCGACUCCGAGAAAGAAACCCUGAAGCAGUGGAUCGCCGAGGGGGCUCCGUGGGAAGGUCACUGGUCGUUCAUUCCGCCGAAUCGACCUCGCGUGCCUGCGGCUGGAGGAGACUGGGCCGAGAAUCCGAUCGAUCAUUUCAUCUACGCCCAACUUGAAGAAGCCGAACUUCAUCCGUCUGAAGAAGCAACCAAGGUGGAGCUGAUUCGUCGGGUCACCUUCGACCUGACGGGGCUUCCGCCGACGAUCGCUGAGAUUGAGAACUUUCUGGCCGACACCAGCGACGAUGCCUAUGAAACGCUGGUCGAUCGCCUGUUAGAUUCGCCCCAUUACGGCGAACAGAUGGCCCGCUACUGGCUCGAUGCGGCUCGCUAUGGCGACACCCAUGGGCUGCAUUUGGACAACAUGCGGAUCAUGUGGCCGUAUCGCGAUUGGGUGAUCGAUUCGUUCAAUAAGAACAAGCGUUUCGACGAGUUCACCGUCGAGCAACUGGCUGGCGAUUUAUUGCCUGAUCCUUCAUUGGACCAACUGGUGGCCACCGGGUUCAACCGUUGCAAUGUGACGACGAGUGAGGGUGGAUCGAUCGACGCGGAGUAUCUGGUCCGGUAUGCGGUCGAUCGGGUGGAGACUACCUCGACUGUGUGGCUGGGGCUGACGGCCGGCUGUGCCGUGUGUCACGAUCACAAGUUCGACCCUCUCACGAUGCGCGACUUCUACAGCAUGUUCGCGUACUUCAACAGCCUGACCGAGCGGGCCAUGGACGGGAACAAGCCCGACCCGCCUCCGACGAUUCAGGUUCCUUCCGACGAACAGAACGAACAGAUCGCCGCACUGGACGAGCGGCUUGCCGGCAUCGAGGCCCAACUCGCUCAAAUUUCGCCCGAGGUAGAUGCGGCCCAGCAGAUUUGGGAAUCGGACUGGUCGCAGAAACUUACUGCCAACUGGAGUGUGCUGAGCCCCAUCGAGAGCAAAUCGACCGGCGGGGCAACACUGCGAAAGUUGGAAGACGCCACGCUAUUGGUCGAGGGAAACAAUUCGACCCAGGACACCUACGAACUGGUGGCCCACACCGAUGCCCAGAACAUUGUCGCCCUGCGACUCGAAGCGCUGACCCACGAGGGCCUCCCCAACUCGGGCCCGGGACGUUCGCCCAACGCGAACUUCGUGCUGAGCGAAAUUGAAGUGGAAGCCGCUCCUCUGAGCGACCCGGAGCAGGUGCGGCCGCUACAGUUUGCUUCGGCGGUGGCCGACUAUUCGCAGCCCACUUACGACGUGGCUCAGGCCAUUGAUGGACAAGUCGGCCCGACGAAUGGUUGGGCAGUGGCUGGUCACGAACGGCAUGCCAGCGGAACCGCCGUAUUCUACCUGGCCGAACCGCUCACCAUGCCCAGCGGGGCUCAAUUAAAGAUUCGCCUGCGGCACGAGUCGCAGUUCGCCCAACACAACAUCGGGCGGUUCCGCCUGGCAGUCUCCAGCGACGCCGUGCUGUCGCCGGCUCGCUUCGGCACCUGGAACAGCAUUGGGCCGUUCGCCGAAGCCGAUGGUAACAAAGCCUUCGAGCGGGCUUUCCCGCCGGAAGAAGGCGUGCAGCUCGACCAAGCGUACAACGAUGGCCAACUGAAGUGGAACCAGCGGGGUGACAUGAAGGAUGGCGAAGCCGUUUCGUUCGAGGGUGAAAAUGCGGCCACGUACUUCCAUCGCACAAUUCACGUACCCGAAGCCCGACAAAUUACGCUCGGCAUGGGAAGCGACGAUGCGAUCAAGGUGUGGCUCAAUUCGAGCCUGGUUUUGGAACGCAAUGUUCAACGCGGUGCUACCCCGAAUGAAGAACGCGUGGUGUUGGAACUGAAGCCCGGCAAGAACGACUUGCUGGUGAAGGUGGUCAACUACGCCGGCCCGGGUGCGUUUGUUUGUCAGACGUUGGACGAACGUACGGGUGAGCUUCCGCUGAAUGUGGCGAUGAUUCUUUCCACGCCGCGCGAGAAUCGCUCGCAAGAACAAUCGCAGGCGGUGGCCGAUUUCUACCGCACGACAUUCGCGCCCGAGUGGCAAUCGACCAAUGCUCAGGUGGCGCAGGUUCGCAAGCAGCGGGAAGACCUGCUCGCCUUGGCUCCCACGUCGCUGAUCAUGCAAGACAUGCCCGAGCGUCGUCCGGCGUAUGUGCUGAUUCGCGGGCAAUACGACCAGCCGAGUGAUAUCGAAGUGCAACCCGAUGUGCCGGCGAGCCUGCCGGGCAUGCCGGAGGAUGCCCCCAAGAAUCGGCUGGGGCUGGCCCAGUGGUUGGUCGAUCCGGGCAAUCCGCUCACCUCACGGGUGACGGUGAACCGAUUCUGGCAGCGUUACUUUGGUUAUGGAAUUGUUCGCACUCCGGAAGACUUCGGUUCGCAGGGCGAAUGGCCGUCGCAUCCGCUGCUGCUGGAUUGGCUGGCCACCGAGUUCAUCGAAAGCGGCUGGGACGUGAAAGCUAUGCAGCGGCUGAUGGUCACAUCGGCCACGUAUCGGCAAUCGGCCAAAGUCACCCCUGAGCUACUCGAACGCGAUCCGCAGAACCGGCUGCUGGCCCGUGGGCCGCGGUACCGGAUGGACGCGGAAAUGAUUCGCGACAAUGCGUUGGCUGUGUCCGGGUUGCUUGUUCGCGAUAUCGGCGGGCCGAGCGUGAAGCCGUAUCAGCCCUCGGGUAUUUGGAAGGCCGUGGGGUAUACGUCCAGCAAUACGGCGAACUUUAAACGGGAUGACGGCGAGGCUCUUUAUCGCCGCAGCAUGUAUACGUUCUUGAAGCGUACGGCUCCGCCACCGGCGAUGCAGACGCUCGAUGCCCCCAACCGCGAAUCGUGCACGGUACGUCGGGCCCGGACCAACACGCCACUGCAGGCCCUGCUGCUGAUGAACGAUGUGCAGUUCAUCGAAGCGGCCCGUUGCCUGGCCGAGCGGAUGAUGACUGAGGGGGGCGAUGAUGCUGCCUCGCGAAUUCGCUUCGGGUUCCGGUUGGCCACUUCGCGGGUGCCUAGCGACGAAGAAGUCGCCGUGAUGGAGGCCGCCUACAACGACCACUUGGCCGAGUUCCAAGCUAAGCCACUGGCGGCCGGGCGACUGGUCGAGAUGGGUGAAGCCCCCCGCGAUGGUGCGCUGAACGUGAACGAACUGGCUGCAUGGACGAUGGAGAGUCGCCUGGUGCAUUCAACACAACCAAACACCUUCCUACCCCAAAGGACGAAAGCGAUGGAUCUCCGCAGAGAACACGCUUUGUUGCAAACACGUCGCCACUUUUUCGGCCGCACGGCAACUGGGAUUGGCGUGGCCGCGUUGGGCUCGCUGUUAAACCCUCAGCUUUUCGGCGGCGAGACGCUCGAUGCGGAUCGCACGGUACCGGGGGUGUUGAGUAAGCCGCAUUUUCCGGCCAAGGCCAAACGGGUGAUCUACCUGUUCAUGUCGGGGGCACCCUCUCAACUCGACAUGUACGACUACAAGCCGAAGAUGGUCGACAUGUUCGACAAGGAUCUGCCCGACUCGAUCCGCUCGGGGCAACGCAUCACCACGAUGACCUCGGGACAGGACCGGUUGCCGAUCGCGCCGUCGAUGUUCAAGUUCGCCCAACAUGGGCAACAGGGGGCGUGGAUUAGCGAACUGCUACCGCAUACGGCGACCAUUGCCGACGAUAUUGCGAUCAUCAAGACGGUGAACACGGAGGCCAUCAAUCACGAUCCGGCCAUCACCUACAUUCAAACCGGCUCGCAGCAGCCGGGCCGACCCAGCCUGGGGGCGUGGCUGUCUUAUGGGCUUGGCAGUUCGAACCGCGACUUGCCGGAGUUCGUGGUGUUGCACUCCACCUGGUCGGCGAAGCGCGAUGCGCAGGCGUUGUACUCGCGGUUGUGGGGAGCUGGGUUCCUGCCUUCGAAACAUCAGGGCGUUUCGCUGCGUUCCAGUGGCGACCCGGUGCUGUACCUUUCGAACCCCGACGGCGUCGAGUCUUCGACCCGACGGCGGAUGCUCGAUGCGUUGGCCGAGCUGAACCGCAAAAAGCAAGAAGAGAUCGGCGAUCCAGAGAUCAACACGCGCAUCGCCCAGUACGAAAUGGCCUACCGCAUGCAGACGUCGGUGCCCGAGCUGACGAAUAUUGCCGACGAGCCGCAGCAUGUGCUCGACAUGUACGGCCCCGACGUAAAAACGCCCGGCACGUUUGCUGCCAAUUGCUUAAUGGCCCGACGACUGGCCGAGCGGGAUGUGCGGUUCGUGCAGGUGUUCAUCCGCGGCUGGGAUCAACACGGCAACCUGCCUAACGAUAUCAAGCUGCAAUGUGGUGACAUCGACCAACCGUGUGCGGCAUUGGUCAACGACUUGAAGCAACGUGGCAUGCUCGACGAUACGCUGGUCAUCUGGGGCGGUGAGUUCGGGCGAACGAUCUACUGCCAAGGCAAGCUGACGAAAACGCAAUACGGCCGCGACCAUCAUCCCCGGUGCUACACUAUGUGGAUGGCCGGCGGCGGCGUGAAGCCGGGUAUCACUUACGGCGAGACCGACGAUUUCAGCUAUAACGUGGUCCGCGAUCCGGUUCACAUUCACGACCUCAACGCCACGGUGCUGCACUGCCUGGGCAUCGAUCACGAGCGGCUCACGUAUCGCUUCCAGGGUCGAGACUUCCGCCUGACCGACGUUCACGGUCGGGUAGUGAACGAAAUUCUCGCUUGA